AACAACAGCAGAAACCCACCUGUGCUCGUGUGUUUCAUUCGUUUUAUUUGUGAUAUUUAGAUUUUUCAUAAAGUGUUCACCUGCUCCCGAGGGUCCACUCGUGUCUCUACAUGCGCGCUUCCGUGUGCGUGACCGUGCUUGUGUGGCUGCUGAGCGAUGCGCGUCAGUUCACUGAGGAGGAGAUGACUGCUGUCAGACAGCGCAUCAAAUCCAUGUUCUACCAUGCCUACAACAGUUACCUUGACAACGCUUUCCCUUACGACGAGCUCCGCCCCCUCACCUGUGACGGACAGGACACCUGGGGCAGUUUCUCGCUCACUCUCAUUGAUGCUCUGGACACUCUGCUGGUUUUGGGGAACCAAACAGAGUUCCAGCGCGUGGCGUCGCUCCUCCAAGACACCAUGGACUUUGACAUCGACGUCAACGCCUCCGUGUUCGAAACCAAUAUCAGAGUGGUGGGUGGUCUGCUGUCGGCUCACCUGUUGUCAGGUCGGGCGGGGAUGCAGCUGGAGCCCGGUUGGCCGUGUUCAGGUCCGCUGCUGAGGAUGGCCGAGGACGCUGCACGGAAACUGUUACCUGCGUUCCAGACUCCCACGGGCAUGCCGUACGGUACGGUGAACCUGCUGAAGGGCGUCAGUGCCACCGAGACGCCGGUCACUUGCACCGCCGGCGUGGGAACUUUCAUCCUGGAGUUCGCCACGCUGAGCCGACUAACAGGAGACCCAACGUUUGAGAACACAGCCCGACAAGCCCUGAGGGCCCUGUGGAAGACCAGAUCUGACAUCGGGCUGGUGGGGAACCACAUUGACAUCCUGUCUAAGAAGUGGGUGGCUCAGGACGCCGGUAUCGGAGCGGGGGUGGACUCCUACUUUGAGUAUCUGGUGAAAGGAGCCAUCCUGCUGCAGGACGAGGAGCUGCUCAACAUGUUCCUGGAGUACGAUCGAGCCAUUCAGAACUACACCAGGUUUGACGACUGGUACCUGUGGGUCCAGAUGCACAAAGGGACCGUCUCCAUGCCCGUGUUUCAGUCUCUGGAGGCCUUCUGGCCCGGUCUUCAGUCUCUCCUGGGGAACCUGGACAGCGCAGUGAGAACUUUCCAGAACUAUUACUCCGUGUGGAGACAGUUUGGAGGUCUGCCGGAGUUUUACAGCAUCCCUCAGGGUUACACUGUGGACAAGAGAGAGGGAUACCCACUGAGACCAGAGUUGAUAGAGAGCGCCAUGUACCUGUUCAGGGCGACAGGCGACCACACCUACCUCCAGCUGGGCCUCGACGCCCUGGAGUCCAUCGAGAAGAUCACCAGGACGCCCUGCGGAUACGCCAGCGUGAAAGACCUGCGGGAUCACCAGCUGGACAACAGGAUGGAGUCCUUCUUUCUCGCUGAAACCAUCAAGUACCUGUACCUGCUCUUUGACCCCGCCCACUUCCUGCACGGCGGGGCAGCGGAGGGGGACGGGUCCUGGGAGGAGGGGGGCGAGGACGGGCAGUGUGUUUUAGGGGCGGGGGGGUUCAUCUUCAACACCGAAGCCCACCCUCUGGACCCGGCGGCGCUGUACUGCUGCAGCCGGCACGCCCAGGACCGCCAGGAGCUCAGAGACAUCCUGCUGAGCCUGCCCAAAGAGAAGAAGAAGUCCAGAUCAAAGCCCGCCGCCAAACACACUGAAGACCCUCCCCACGGACCAUCAGAGAGCAUUGCUUUAAAACCAGGCGAGAAGAAGACCUCCCCUCUGCUGUCCUGUCCCGUUCAGCCGUUCAGCGCCCGGCUCUCCAUACUGGGACAAGUCUUCACUGAUAACACCUGACACUCACCUGGAUCACAUGACCUCCUGUAACACUUGAUCAGCGUGCCUCUUGCUUUUGUUGUUGUGUUAAUGUGAAAAUGUGUUUGUACAACAUGUCAGCUUCAAGGGGAACAGAGACAGCAACGUUCCCUGUGGUGUUUGAUUACUGGAGUUAUGAGGAUUCAAGAUUCAAGGCUUUUAUUGUCAUGUGUACAUAGCUACAGUGUAGAUAUGACAAUGAAAAUCUCAGGUCACAGGCUCCUCCAACAGUGCAACACAAUAAAACAGAUAUAGUGAAAUAAUUCCAAAAAAAGGCAGAGUUGGAAAGCCAGCAGAGUGGUGCAGGAAUGAGUCCUUAAACCAGGGGAUAAGUCAGCGUUUUAGCUCUUCUGGUUCCCGUGUCUCAAAGUCAAUCCACUGAAAAAACUGAAACAUUGACUUUAAUUAAAUGUGUUAUUUCACAUAACUGUGUUCGGUUAGUUGAAAGCAAUAUUACGUUGAAUUGAAAAAUAUUAUGUUCAACUUGAUAUUGUUGCUUUAAACUAACUUAAUACACUUGUGUGAAAUCUGUUGACACAAUACCCUUAAAGCCAACGUGUCAGUUUUUCAGUGUGGGUUUUUUUAUGUGUUAUUGAUUGGAUGUCUGAAAUAAGGUGUUAACACAAUCUGAGGGCGAUUUUCACAUUUUGUUCUACGACAAAUAUCCCACUUAGGAUGUCUGAAGCUCAAACGUGUCUAAAAAAUCAGUGGUUGCUAACGAGUGUUGAAAUGCCAACAUGGCAAUCAUUAGCGGCCUUUAGCUUAGCGUCGGUGACAUGAAGUCAUGUGACUGUGAUGUACUUCUGGGGAUUGCAUUUACGCUUCAAUAAUGAUGAUUCUGCUGAACGAAACGUGGAAGUAUCAUAACCGUGUGUUUGCCACAGAUCUUAUUUCUGCACAAAUCUCAAAUCUAGAGAUGCUAACUUCAGGGUCGGCUUACAAAAACACUUAAUUUUAUUUCCAAACCAGUUUACGUCCAAAAAAAGUAGAGGUCAUUAGUGCUGGUGAGUUUGAAUGAGAGGAAGGAAGCUGCUCUUGUUCGGGAACAUACUGUAAAAGUUAUGAAGACAUUUUUCUUGCAAAACGUUUAAAAGCUUUCCAUCAGGGGACUAUUUCUUGUGUGAAAUUCUAAAGACACACACAGCUUAUUCAGGGUGUACGAGCAUUAUCCAUGUUUUUGAAGUUUUACCAUGAAAUAUCCAUCUGAUUAGAAGUAGUAGAAAACAAAUCAUUCCUAAACAGUUUUGUUGUGAUGAAGGUGCUCCAAGAACUCUGAUAUUUAAACUGAAGGUGAAAUAUAGUUUUUUAUUUAUUAGAAAGGUUGUGGUUGGUUGUUCGGUUUGUUAUGGCCUUGUUUGUUUACUAUGACUCUGUAUCUGCUGUUUUCAUACUUAAGAAAUGUGUGAAAAUAAGAGUUUUCACGAAGUUUGAAUUAGAAAAAAAUCUACAAUGUCCUGCCUCAGCGCACACGCAGUGGGGUUGUAUAUGUCCUAUAAGUGUGUGUCUGCAGAUGUGUGAAUGUGUGCCGCUGCCAGGUGGAGGCAGCAUGUUAACACCAUUGUGAGAAGGCAUGAAAGAUUAAGGAAAACAUAUUUCAAAUUCAUUCAUUGCACAAAGUCAUUUCUGUAAAACAUUUCUAUUUUUGAUAGCUUCUCAUGUGAAAAAUUAAACUAUUGUCAGCA